GUCACAAUGAGGGCUGUUACCGCUCUGCUAGUUAGUUUGGUUGCUGUUGCAGCUGUCCCUACAUCCCAAAGGAUUAUUGGUGGUUCACCGACUACCAUCGAUCAAUAUCCUUCUAUCGUGGCUCUGCUGUAUGCAUCAAAUGCAAACGUGUUCAUGCACCAUUGUGGUGGUACACUCCUCAAUAACAGAUCCAUUAUGACCUCUGCCACUUGUACAUACGGUGACCCCACUAGCAGAUGGCGAGUCCGCACAGGCUCUUCUUUUGCGAAUAGUGAUGGCAACACCUAUGGCUUCAGCGCCUUUAUCUACCAUCCCAAUUUCAAUUCCCGAUCUAUGGACUCUGAUAUCGUUAUAUUACGUACCUCCGCUAAUAUUCCGUUCAGCAACGUAGUCCAGCCUGGUUCAAUUGCUGGUGCCAACUAUAACCUUGGUGAUAACGAAGUCGUUUGGGCUGCAGGAUUUGGCUGGACUGGAGAUCAGACUUCUGAACAUCCUGAUCAGCUUCGACACGUUCAGAUCUUGUCUGUAAACCAAGGCAUCUGCCGACGACGCCAUGCCAUAGGAGGUCUCAUGAUCAUCACUGACAACAUGUUGUGUUCCGGUUUUCUCGACGGCGGUGGUCGUGGCAUAUGUUUCGGUGACUUUGGAGGACCUCUCUACCACCACAAUGUGGUUGUUGGUAUCAGCUCGUUUCGCAUCCAUGGUUGUGCCCAUCGACUUUUCCCUGAUGUCAAUACGCGUGUAUCUCGUUUUACUCAGUGGAUCAUAGACAAUGCUUAAACAAUGGUCCUAAAUAAAUUGAUUUUUUGAAUAAA